UCUCUUCCUCUCUCUGAGUUACCCGUUGUGUUUUCUGUUUUGAGCUUCUUGGGUGAGGAUUCUUGGCGUAUCUUGGUUGCCAUUUCCAAGCCAUGCACAUGUUCUUUCCUUAACUUGGCCAUUAAACAAAUCGUCCGCUGAGCGAUGCUUCCCUCAUCGAUCUGCCCGGCUCUCGCUCCCUCUCUCUUUUGAACCCCAAAAAGUUUCGUCUUUUUUGUCUUCCCCCACGUUCUUCUUUUCCCCACUUUGGAGACCGCAAAGCUAAGAGCAACCAUCAGCCAUGUUCGACAGUCUGUUGAAAUCGAAAUUCCAUAACAAAUGCAAGACGGCGAUGAAGCUCACGAAGACGCGACUGGAGACGAUAAUGAAGAAGAGGAAGGCGAUGGAGAAGUACUUGAGAAAGGACAUUGCCGAUCUCCUCAGGAAUGGUCUCGACACCAACGCCUACGGCAGGGCCGAAGGUCUUCUCAUUGAGCAGAACAUGACCUCAUGCUACCAUCUCAUCGAGCAAUUCUCUGGGUGCAUAUUGGGUCAACUACUAGUAAUGGAGAAGCAGAGUGAAUGCCCUGAGGAAUGCCGAGAGGCCAUAGCAUCUCUAAUGUAUGCCGCUGCUCGAUUUGCUGAUCUGCCGGAACUGCGUGAGCUGCGAAGUUUAUUUGCAGAUCGUUAUGGAAAGUCUCUCGAACCCUUUGUCAAUAAAGAGUUUGUCGAGAAAAUGAGGACGCCGGAGCGCACCAAGGAUAUGAAGCUUCAGCUGAUGCAUGACAUUGCUCUCGAGUUCUCUGUGGACUGGGACUCCAAGGCAUUGGAGCAGAAGCUAUAUAACCCAACUACACAUGAUCAAGAGAAAUCCAAAGUAGGGUCUUCAGGCAACAAUGCUGACAAUGACUAUAAGCAGCAUAAAAGCAAGGACCGUGCUGACUCAAAAAGAGAGAGUGACUAUGCUGAAGACAAACCACAGAAGGACAAGCUUGACCUUUCGCAUCCAAAAGAAAUGGCAGGGACCUUCCCUUUUACGGAAGAAAGGGAGUCACAGAAGACACCGAUAAGCUUAGCAGCAGCAGCAGCAGCAGCAGCGAGGCCGAAGUGAUUUCCCCACCUAAAAAGGAAUUUGCCCACAGAGACAAGCCUAAGUAUAGUUCAAGUUUAUCUGGAAGCCCAUCCGAGGAAGAAGCAAGUCAUAAAAAGCCGUUAAGCUAUAGAGACGUCCCUCCUCCUUAUGUCAAAGCCAAGACAGAAAGAAACAGAAGCAUUACCGAUGAACCUCCGAGAAAUACUGCUUCUGAGCUUGUUGAUAAGAACUGCGAAGCUAAGAAACCGGUAGGUGAAGCCAAGCCAAAGCCAAGGUCAGUCAGGCAGCGCCCAUUACCACCGCCACCAGGUCGUGAAUCCGAACUGACCUCCCGAGCCACCCAAAUCAAUGAUGAAGAAGAAAAGAGUUUAGAUGGGCUCUUGAUGCGCUACAGUAAGAAGCAAUUGCCAUAUGAGCUGAGCGAAAAACCAAGAGGGUCUCUAAAACCACCUCCUAAGCUACGAACAUAUCAGGAAAAUGGCGAACCCAUGCGGCGCAAGAGCACAAAAUCUGAUGGAUUUGCUCCACCUGCUAGAGUGGUGUCUCUUCCGCCGGAGCCGACAUCUCCGGACGAGGCCGCUGAGUCAGCAAAAGGGCACUGCCGGUCCACUUCACUACAGCCAGACAUUUUGGCCGGACAUGUUCAUCCUAAUCUUCCUGACUGUGAUGAUUUGGCAGCGCGGAUUGCUGCUUUCAGACGGAGAUGAAAACGGGACAGAGUCGGAGGGUUUAGAUUCUUUACUGUUAUUCUAUUCAAUUUUUUAUUGAAUGCUUCUCAUCACUACUAAAAGAUCGUAACAUUACUAGGGCAUUUACCAGGUGAAGUACCUUUCUAGGUAGGUCUUCUCCUCUUUUUUCUUUUUUCUUGUUUUUAGAGUUUUACCUGUAAGCUCAUUAUCAGAUGACUUCAGCCUCAAUUGCACAGAUGCUGCGUGGGAUGCUAUCUUU